UUAACCAUGCUCGUGGCUGCUGGGGAUUUGCCACACUUUGGAGGAAUUAUCCCCAUGUGUGCCCAGCGCUGAAUAAACAUACCUUCUUUAUAACGUCACAGGUUGUAUAGUGAUUUCUGCGCAUCAAUUUUGGCGAGCCAGGCAGGAGGAGGCUCUGCCCAUCUGCAAGAUCGACUGGGAGCAGACUCCUAGGCGCACCUCGAGGAGCUUUUCUCAGAGAAGCUCCACUCCCAGCCGCUUGCUGUGGGGGUAGACAAAGGACCUGCGGCAUUAGCAGCGGAUAAGUUUCAGGAGCCAGGAGAGACCUGCUAAUGAUUGUAUAAGAAGCAGGAGAAGGGUAAGCAGAGUAAUAGUUGGUCUGGUAAUUGUAACUGUGUGAUAUCUUUUGUAAGUGCCUGGGCAUUCCAUGCAUUCCAUUCUAAGCACUGUGUGAGAUAGCUAUCUGUUGUGAAAAUAAGCCGGUAAGAGCGUGUGUGUGAUGUGUGAUUGUGUGUGUGAGCAAGACGCAGUCUGACUGGGAAACAAGCGAGAGGUUACUGUUUAAUUAGUAAUUACUGUUUAAAUGUAUGGUGGUAUUACGCUUUAGUUUGUGAUCUGUAUAAAGCGGAAGACGAGCUUAAAACACCUUGAUUUAAAUCACAGGGAGCGAAUUAAACUACAGUGCGUGUGGUGUAAGAAAGUAUAUGCAGAUGUUUUUCCCCCUCCGAAACCACCACGAGUAUCAGAGGGACUGUGUACUAGCUCUAGAAAGGGAAAAUAAGAAAAAAGAAAAAGCCAAUGAACCCUAGAAAUGUUCAGGAUGUGAUAUAGGAGAAAGAUGCGUAAACCCAGAUCGGAGGACUUGCCAGAGUCCUACAGAGUAUUACAAGCCUCCAGCGGAGGGGCAGGAGGAGCGCGGAGCAGCGGUGGGGGGGGGCGGGGCAGGAGGAAUGCGGAAGUGGAGAAUCUGAUCUGGAUGCCCCUCAGCAAGGAGAUAGUACAAUCUCCCCUUAGAGAAGUUAAACAAAGUAAGAGCAACAGAAAGUAGAAAUUAGGAAACAUUGUUAGAUGAAGCCUGGAGAGUAUUUAGUAACAUGGAAGAGGAAGAUCGUCGGAUAGGCAGGUGUAUGACAGUAGCAGCACUGAGCUGAAAAGGUUAGAAGGCUCUGAAAGCCUUGAGAAAGAGAUCAAUGUAUAUUGGAAAAAUCAAUGUCGGGAAAGGAGGGAAGGAAGUAGGCAGAGAGAGAACUGCAUAGUAGCAAGAAAAAGACUGACGGGGACCUGGGAUUAAGCUAGGGAAAGAACAACAACAAGUGGAAUUUCUGGUAGAUAUGGGAGCAACAUUUUCAGUCUUCAAUCAAGCAUUAAUGCCAAUAAGUAACGAUUACAUAGUAGUAAAGGAAGCCACUGGCCAAAGUGAAAGGGCUUAUUUUUGUGAACCUCUGAAAUACAAAUUGGGUAAACAAGUAAGCAUUCAUAAAUUUUUUUAUAUAUGCCUAACUCCCCAAAACUUCUUUUGGGGAGAGAUUUGUUGGAACAAAUUGGUGUGGUAAUCAGAUUUUAAAAUGGGGAAAUUAUUCUGGAGGUAAAUGAUCAGCAAUAUGUGCAAAUAAUGAGCUUGCUUUUAGCAACUAUUCCGACAGAGGGUAAAAUUAAUGAAGGGGUGGUGAACCAAGUGUACCCCUGAGUAUGGGCCACUGACGUACCUGGAAGGGCCAACAAUGCCACACCAGUCAAGGUAAAAAUCAAGGAAGGAUGGCAGCUGGUAAGGAGAAAACAAUACCCUUUGAGAAAAGAGGACAGGCAAGGAAUUUAGCCAGUAAUCGAGAAAUUCCUGCAAAUACGGUUAUUAAAGGAAUGUGAGUCCAGUUACAACACCCCUAUAUUGCCUGUCCAAAAGCCGGAUGCGUCAUAUCGUGUGGUCCAGGACUUAUGAGCUAUAAAAAAAAUAACUGAGGACCUCUACCCAGUGGUAGCAGACCCAUACACCCUUUUGACAGUAUUAACGCCUGAUUUGACUUGGUUUACCGUUCUAGAUUUAAAAGAUGCCUUCUUUUGCCUCCCUCUCCACUAAGCCAGCCAGACAAUAUUUGCAUUUGAAUGGGAGAACCCUAAACAUAGACAUAAAACCCAGCUCACAUGGAUGGUGUUGCCACAAGGAUUUAAGAACUGCCUGACAAUAUUUGGAAAUCAGCUUGCUAAAGAUCUUGAAUCUUGGGAGGCCCCAUCUGAUGAAGGACGGAUGUUACAAUAUGUAGAUGACAUUUUGAUCACUACCAGAACACAGAAGACAUGCAUAACCGGGACCAUAAGUUUAUUGAACUUUUUGGGGCUCCAAGGAUACCGGGUAUCACAGAAGAAAGCCCAGAUGGUACAGCAACAAGUAACUUAUUUGGGCUAUGAAAUUAGUGCAGGGCAGAGGACCCUGGGACAGGCUGGAAAGGAGGCUAUAUGCCAAACUCCAAAGCCUCAAACUGUAAAAGAAUUAUGGACCUUUUUGUGCAUGACAGGGUGGUGCUGGUUGUGGAUUUAUAAUUACAGAUUGCUUGUCAAGCCAUAGAAUGCACUAACAACCACAGACCAGAAGCACCUACGAUGGAAUAAAGAAGCUACAUGAGCCUUUGAAGAGCUUAAAAAGGCUUUGAUGUCAGCCCCUGAUUUAGGACUCCCAGAUGUGAGUAAACAAUUUUUUUCUAUUUUCUCACAAGAAGCAGGGAACAGCCUUGGGUACAUUGGCACAGGAUCUUGCAGCUGCAACUGCAAAGGGGUGGCUUGGAUGCCUUCAGGCAGUUGCAGCAGUGGUACUGAAUAUACAGGAGGCCCGGAAAUUUACCAUGGGUCAGAAAAUGACUGUGCUAGUAUCUUACACAGUGUCUACAGUUCUAGAAGCAAAAGGGGGACACCAGCUUUCCCCACAAAGGUUUCUCAAAUAUCAGGCUAUAAUGGCAGAACAGGAUGAUGUAGAAAUCAUCGUCACUAACAUUAUCAACCCAGCUUCUUUCCUCAGAGGAAACAUUGGAGAAUCCGUUCAUCAUGACUGCCUGGAGACCAUCAAAGUAACAUACUCCAGUCGACCAGAUCUAAGGGACAGUCCUAAGGAAAACACUGAGAACUGGUUUAUGGACGGAAGCAGCAAUAUCCUGAAUGGUGAAAGACAUGCUGGUUAUGCUAUAGUUACUAGCCAUGAAGUAAUGGAAUCUGGACCUCUGCCUAGAAGUGCUUCUGCAAAAAAAACAGAAAUAAUUGCCCUUAUUCAUGCUCUGGAAUUAGCCCAAGGUAAAACUGUUAACAUUUAUACUGACUCCAACUAUACUUUCAGGGUCGUGCAUGUGCACGGAGCAAUUUGGAAAGGGGACUCUUGAAUUCUAAAGGAAAACAUAUCAAACAUGCAGAGGAGAUAUUGAAACUAUUGGAAGGAGUUCAGCUUCCUAAGAAGGUGGCAAUCAUGCAUAGCAAGGCACACCAGAAAGUGAGCUCGGAAUUGGAGAAAGGUGUUGGAAUGAUAAAGGACUCAGCACUCCGAUUCAAUGUGAAUCACGCAAAGCCAUUUAUUACAGAAACAAGCCUCCUUAUAUAUGCAACUAUUCUCUGAUCACGCGUCCACGCUCCAAGCAUGCAUUCACUAAUUGGAUAUCAUCUAUGUUCACGAGCUGUCCACGUGCUGGAGUCUUACUGAUGAUAGGUCCGUUGUUUUACGUCAUGUUGAGGCCUUGUUAUUGUAGAAAUGCCUCUCUCCCACAGCAGGUCCUGUUCUCAGCUUUUUGAAGUGGCCUUGAGAUUACUUUGGACCUGACUAAUUCAACAAUAAAUCUUCAUCUAACAGAAACCCCUCCACAGUUCCCCUUUUUUUUUCUUGAACCAGUCAGGCCCUUUUAACAGCAUGCUGAAUCAUCUUUGAAAUACACUGCACUGUUAGGUGUUAGGCACUUGUUAGGCAUUAAGUCACAAGAAUGGUAUUUGUUAAGAUUUGUUAAGAUAAUUUGUUAAGUCCAUCUGCCAUGGACUGAUCCAGACCACGAUGGAGUAAGGUAAAGCUCCAGAACACUUGCAAUAUAUUGAUGACAUCAUCGUAUGGGGCGACACAGUGAAAGAAGUCUUCGAGAAAGGUGAGAGAAUAAUUCAGAUUCUUUUGGAUGCUGGUUUUGCCAUAAAACGAAGCAAGGUCAAGGGACCUGCACGAGAGAUACAGUUUUUAGGAAUAAAAUGGCAAGAUGGCCGUUGUCAGAUCCCAAUGGAUGUGAUCAACAAAAUUGCAGCAAUGUCUCCACCUACUAAUAAAAAGGAGACACAGAUUUUCUUGGGCGUUGUAGGUUUUUGGAGAAUGCAUAUUCCUGACUACAGCCAGAUUGUGAGCCCUCUCUAUCGAGUGACUCGAAAAAAGAACCAGUUUGAGUGGGGCCCUGAACAACGACAAGCCUUUGAACAAAUUAAGCGUGAGAUAACUCAUGCAGUGGCCCUUGGACCAGUUCGGACUGGACUAGAUGUUAAAAAUGUGCUCUACACUGCAGCUGGAGAUAAUGGACUUACCUGGAGCCUCUGGCAGAAAGCACCAGGAGAAACCCGAGGUUGACCCUUAGGUUUUUGGAGUCGAGGAUACAAAGGAUCUGAGGCCAACUAUACUCCAACUGAAAAAGAGAUACUAGCAGCAUACGAAGGAGUUCGAGCUGCUUCAGAAGUGAUCAGUACUGAAGAACAGCUCCUCCUGGCACCUCGACUGCCGGUGCUGAGUUGGAUGUUCAAAGGGACGGUUCCCUCUCCACAUCAUGCAACCGAAGUUACGUGGAGUAAAUGGAUUUCAUUGAUCACACAACAAGCUCGAAUUGGAAAUCCCAAUCGCCCAGGGAUCGUAGAAGUGAUUACAGACGGGCCAGAAAGUAAAGACUUUGGGAUGUCUCCAGAUGCGGAGGAAGUAAAACGUGCUGAAGAAGCACCACCGUAUAAUACGCUUUCAGAGACUGAUAAGCAGUAUGCACUGUUCACAGAUGGAUCCUGUCGUCUUGUAGGAAAACAUCGAAGGUGGAAAGCUGCUGUGUGGAGUCCCACACGACAAGUUACAGAAGCCACUGAAGGACAAGGUGAAUCUAGUCAAUUUGCAGAAGUGAAAGCCAUCCAGCUGGCUUUGGACAUUGCUGAACGAGAGAAGUGGCCAAUGCUUUAUCUCUAUACUGACUCAUGGAGGGUAGCAAAUGCCUUGUGGGAGUGGCUACAGCAAUGGAAGAAAAGCAACUGGCAGCACAGAGGUAAACCCAUUUGGGCUGCCACACUGUGGCAAGACAUUGCUGCUCAGCUAGAGAGCCUGUCUGUGAAAGUUCAUCAUGUAGAUGCUCAUGUGCCUAAAAGUCGAGCCACCGAGGAACAUCUAAACAACCAACAAGCGGAUCAAGCUGCUAAGAUUAAAGUAGCUGAGGUGGACUUGGACUGGCAACAUAAAGGUGAACUUUUCCUAGCCCGGUGGGCCCCUGAUGCUUCAGGGCAUCAAGGUAGAGAGGCAACAUAUAAAUGGGCUUGCGAUCGAGGGGUGGAUUUAACUAUGGACACGAUUUCACAGGUUAUUCAUGAAUGUGAGACUUGCGCUGAAAUCAAAGAAGCGAAACGGUUAAAGCCUGUAUGGUAUGGGGGGCGAUGGUUAAAGUAUAAGUAUGGAGAAGCUUGGCAGAUUGAUUAUAUUACACUUCCACAAACACGUCAAGGUAAGCGUUAUGUACUUACAAUGGUGGAAGCAACCACUGGAUGGUUGGAAACAUAUGCCGUACCUCAUGCUACAGCCCGAAAUACUAUCUUGGGCCUUGAAAAGCAAGUCCUUUGGUGACACGGUACGCCAGAAAGAAUUGAGUCAGACAACGGUACUCAUUUCAAAAACAGUAUUAUAGACAAUUGGGCCAAAGAACAUGGUAUUGAGUGGGUAUAUCAUAUUCCAUAUCAUGCACCAGCCUCUGGGAAAAUUGAAAGGUACAAUGGUUUGUUAAAAACUACACUAAAGGUACUUGGUGGUGGAACCUUUAAAAACUGGGAUUCACAUUUAGCAAAAGCCACUUGGUUGGUCAACACUAGGGGAUCAACCAAUUGAGCCAGGCCUGCCCAAUCAGAAAUUCUACGGACUGUAGAAGGAGAUAAAGUCCCUGUAGUACACACGAAAAACAUGUUAGGAAAGGCAGUCUGGGUUACUCCUGCCUCAGGCAAAGGCAAGCCCAUUCGCGGGAUUGUUUUUGCCCAGGGACCUAGCAGCACCUGGUGGGUGAUGCUUAAGGAUGGAGAAGUUCGGUGUGUACCUCAAGGGGAUUUGAGUUUAGGUGAAAAUAUGCAAUACUGAACUGCAUGAUGUGACUUGCCAUACUAACAGUGUUUAAUAAGUGUCUUUCAGAUCAAGACAGCGAUGAUGAAACCAGAGAUAGCUUCUUCGAGUGGCGUCUGACAACUUCUCCGAAGUUGAUGUCUUUAACCCACAAACAGUGGUCAUGAGAUGCACUUGUACCAUUUUUCCUGCCCUGGGAGACUGUCGUGACAAAAUGAACUUAAUGAACUUUUUAAAGGAUGGUCCACUGACUAAUUACUCCUGUGUAUAUUGAAUUUUGCCUGUCAGCUAAAGCCUUCAUAUUAACUGCAUUUUCCUGGAGAACCAGACACAUGUUUUGGUAAACCUAGCAAUGGAAUGCAGACUUAAUGAUAAGCAUGGAUGGACAUCUUGCAAGAGGGGCAACGAGAAACCGGUGACCAAGAAACUGACCAACUGUGUAUAACAUUCCAUUCACGUGAAUACUUCAUAUAAAAGUGGGAGAUCACGAGGAUCUCGUCCCUUUUGCUCCUUUUUGCCUUUGCUUUUCCCCUUCUGCUUACGGCCGACAUUAGGAGAGGACCUUGCUAGUUGUCCCUGCAAACUGAGGCCUAGUGACAGACUGAAUCCAGCUCCGGUUGGCUGCAGGGUCUAAUCCAGGACUUUGGUUGCCGGCUCUGCAGUUGCUGAGACUUUCAAGAUUGGUUUUGUAUAUUUUGUAUUAUUUUCUCUAUUCUUAUUAGUAGCAUUAGUAAAACAUUGUUAAUUUUUCCAA